GACAUCAUUCGUGGAGCGCCUUCUUCCCCUGUCGCUAAACAAACCAUUUCUGAAGCUUCUCUCCGAUAUUCCACUUUCUUGUUUCUUCCCUCCUCUGCUCUCCUCUUCCCUCCUUCUGGAUCCUCUCCCACAUGGUGUGACCAGCAAAACGGACCACCGCCCCAGCCAUGCCUCCGCCGCUCGCCGCCGUGCUGGCGCUGCUCCUGGCGCUGGCCGCCGGCUCGGCCCGCGGCGCCGACGACCUGGCGUCCGACACCGCGGCGCUGCGGGCCUUCAUCGCGCCGUUCGGCUCGGCGUCCGUGCACUGGAUCGGCCAGGAGACGUGCAGCUGGACGGGCGUCGUCUGCACCGACGGCCGCGUCACGGGGCUCCACCUCCCCGGAGACGGCCUCCGCGGCUCCUUCCCCGCCGGCGCGCUCGGCGGCCUCACCAGGCUCACCGUGCUCUCGCUCCGCUACAACGCGCUCUCCGGGCCCCUCCCCGCCGACCUGGCCUCCUGCGUCCGCCUCCGGGUCGUCAACCUGCAGUCAAACCACCUCUCCGGCGAGCUCCCCGCCGCGAUCCUCUCCCUCCCGGCGCUCACGCAGCUCAACCUCGCCGAGAACCGCUUCUCGGGGAAGAUCCCGCCCACCAUUGCCAAGAACCGGAGGCUGCAGGCGCUCUUCCUCGAGGGCAACCUCUUCACCGGCGAGCUGCCGGACGUCAACAUGCCGGCCCUCCUCUCCCUGAACGUCUCCUUCAACAACCUCACCGGCGAGGUCCCCGAAGGCUUCGGGGGCAUGCCGGCGGCGUCUUUCCUCGGCAUGCCGCUGUGCGGCAAGCCCCUCCCGCCGUGCGCAACACCACCGUCGUCCCAGCCCCCCGCGCUCCCGCCCGGAACCGCCGUCGCGGUAACGCCCGGCAGGCGAGGACGGCGACACCUCCGCGGCGGCGACAUCGCGGGCAUUGUCAUCGGCUGCGCAGUCGGCUUCCUGCUUCUCGCGGCCGCCCUCGUCCUUGUCUGCGCCGCCAUCCGCCGCAAGCCGAGAGGAACCGCGUACCGCAGCCAGGACGCCGUCGCAGCGGAGCUGGCACUGCACAGCAAAGAGGCGAUGAGCCCCAACGGCUACACUCCGCGGGUCUCCGACGCGCGGCCGCCUCCUCCCGCUCCAAUGCUGCCUCCGGUCGGCCCCGUCGCCGUGGGCAAGAAGAAGCUCUUCUUCUUCGGGAGGGUGCCGAGGCCGUACGACCUCGAGGACCUGCUCCGCGCGUCCGCAGAGGUUCUUGGCAAGGGCACGUACGGAACCACGUACAAGGCCGCGCUCGAGAUCGCGCCGGCCGUGGCAGUGAAGCGCCUCAAGGAGACGUCGCUGCCGGAGCGCGAGUUCCGGGACAAGAUCGCGGCCAUCGGCGGGAUGGACCACCCCAACGUCGUGCCCCUGCAGGCCUACUACUUCAGCAAGGACGAGCGGCUCAUGGUGUACGAGUUCGUCGCCACCGGCAGCCUCUCCUCCAUGCUUCACGGCAACCGUGGCUCCGGGCGAUCGCCGCUGAGCUGGGAGUCGAGGCGGCGGAUCGCGCUGGCGUCGGCGCGCGGGCUGGAGUACAUCCACGCGACGGGGUCCAGGGUGGCGCACGGCAACAUCAAGUCGUCCAACAUCCUGCUCGGCCGGUCGGUGGACGCGCGGGUGGCGGACCACGGCCUGGCGAGCCUGGUCGGCCCCGCCGGCGCGCCGUCGAUGCGCGUGGCCGGGUACCGCGCGCCGGAGGUGGUGGCGGACCCUCGGCGGCUGUCGCAGAAGGCGGACGUGUACAGCUUCGGGGUGCUGCUGCUGGAGAUGCUGACGGGCAAGGCGCCGACGAACGCCGUGCUGCACGACGAGGGCGUGGACCUGCCGCGGUGGGCGCGGUCCGUGGUGCGCGAGGAGUGGACGUCCGAGGUGUUCGACACGGAGCUGCUGCGGCACCCGGGCGCCGAGGAGGAGAUGGUGGAGAUGCUGCGGCUGGCCAUGGACUGCACCGUCACGGUCCCGGAGCAGCGGCCCGCCAUGCCGGAGAUCGCCGUCCGCAUCGAGGAGCUCGCCGGGACGCCGUCGUCGGGCCGGCCUGGGGGACGGAGCGUGUCCGUUGAUGAGGCCGACGAUCGGCCGCUCAAGCCCGCCGGGUCGAUGCGAGAGAGCUGAAGCUUUGAUCGAUCGUAUCGGUUCGCUCGCGUCAGCCAGCACGCGCGGUGAUCAUUCGGUAACUUAUGGAAGGUUCUGAAGAAAGAACAGGAUCUGAUCUUCUUACGUCUGUCUUACCCUUAGGGCAUUAUUACGGUGUGCUGCUGUUUAUUAUUCUUUGAAACUUGAUGAGUUUCUUGAUUCUUCUUCUUCCUUCUUCCGAAAUUCUUUCGGUUAGCAGCGUGUGUUGAGA